AUGUCCAGCGUCUCGUGCUUUUUCUUUUUUUGCUAUGAAUCAAAUGCUAGUGUCAAAAUAAAUCGUUGUAAAAGUAAUUAUAUAUUUUUCAUUUUAGAUGUUCUCGAUAAGAUAAAAGUAGGAUUGCAGUAUGCAAGUAAUUAUCUGGAGACGGCAAAAGAUAUUGCAGACUUGGUGUCUAACAGCUUAGGUCAUAAACAAAAACAAAAACAAGAAGAAGAUAGAAACGGUGAAAAACAACCGUUUGGCCCUUCAAACUUCGUUUCCGCUUUCUUUCGACUCAUUGGGUUUGAUUCACAAAAAAUCGCAGCAAUCGCAGUUAACAGUGUUGUAUUUCUUGCACAGAUGAUAAGUACGCUUUUCGGACUGAAACCAUUGCAAAAUAAUAUUGCAAGAAGCACGCAUGACGACAAACUGGCUUGGGAUCCGUUAAAAUUUACUUUGGAAAAUAAACAUGAACGUAUUCGAAAUUUAGUAGAUCAAGCAAGAAAUCCGAAUCUACCUGAUCAGUUGAUAGCGAGAAUAACCGGUUCUGAUUCCGCGUGCAUUCGAUUGUUACUUUGCAAAUCAUCUCCGAUCGUAAAAGCAAUGCAAACUUCUCUCAAUAAUAAAUCGCACGAUUCUAUGCAUCGAAUGAUUGCAUGGUUACCGUCUAAAGAGGAAUUUGCAAGAAAUAGUGACGAAUGUGAGGAGAACCAUACUGAUUGUCGUUUAUUUCUAUAGUAAUGAAUGUUACCAUCUCGCAAGGAAGCUAGGAAACGAUUAAAUGUUCCCAUUAGGAAUGUUAGAGAUAUAUAUUUUUGUUAAAGUCAGAUAAUAAAUGUUCAACAAUGUUUCGUUUUCAGAUAUAAUUGAAUUUCUUUUUUCUCUUUUGUAUUACAGACUAAAGUGUUUCAAAGAUUAACAAUAUUUUUACUCUUUACAUGAAUCAAAAUAUCUAACGUAUCUAACGUAGAAGAGAUAUUAAUAAUUCGAGUAUGCAUGUAAUUGUAUAUGCACGUACAUGUGUAAAUCUUUCUCUAUAUUGAUUUCUAUUAUCAUAUUGCACAGACGAUUCAAGCUGCUACAUUGGCACAACAUCGUGUAUAAAAUACGUGACAAUAAUUGCACAAUAGAAAUAGAAAUAAUACUUUUAAGAUAAAUCAAAUAAAUUAUCACAAUGUGUGUACUAUUUAAUGCUAAUACUGCAUUUGGAUAAAUAAACUAAUAUUUUUGUAACGUAAUAAGGAUAAUACUAUAUACAUGUAAAGAAUCUCUACACUUUGGAAUCUAGAAUUUUAUUAUCUGUAUUUUUAAUUAUAAUUAACCCUCGAACUUAUAUAAGUGCAAUAAAAUAUAUAAUAUAAUUCGUCUCUCCUCCUUCCUCUUACUCUUUUUCAUUCAUACAGAUUGAUUUUUUAAUUUACUACCGUGUCGAUACAGUUAUAUAAAUUAUUCUGUAUUAGUAAAUUACUGAUGUAUAUGCAUAGUGAUGAUUAUGUCACUCUUAAUUUUACGUUUAUAUAACAAUAAUAACAAAAACAUAAAAAUUGAACGAAACACUAUGUACAUAUAAAUAUAAUUGUGUAUUUUAUAUAGAUUGUCUAUUUAUAUUGCUCAUUUUAUGCGUGUUAAUAUUAAAAAUUCUCAUCACGAGUUAUCAUUAAUGACUGUCUUCGUUAAUGUGUGGCACAAAAGUAAAUUACAAAAAUUUGUUAUAUUAUUUCGUGUGAUAUCUUGCAUUUGAAAUAUGCACAUCCCCUUACAUACAUCCAUCGUAAUUUAUUUCUAAUUUGAAAAACGUUAUUUUUUAUGACUUAAAACGCUAUACUAUUUAUAAGAGGAGUAUUUACGAACGAUUGUUUAAUAUAAAUAAAAUGAUAUUUUGUCUAUAUAUAUAUAUAUAUAUAUAUAUAUAUAGAGAUUUAUAGGUUCCAAGUUUUAAUAUGUAGAGAAAUUAUAUAAAGCAUAAUUAUUUAAACAACUAGACAUUACAUCUACAUUCCAAAGUGUGCAAUCUUGUUAAUUAAUUCAUGUUAUAUGUCUAAUAUGAGAUCAUGAUAUUGUGUGACACAAUUUAUAAAUGUCAUCUAUUUAUAUGUUAUCGCCUUUUUCUAAAAGUUGAGUAUAGACAAUAUAUUAGAAUGGCCGUUGUUAAAAAUUUGAUCGACCAACAAAUAUUUGGCAUAUAUUCAACUUAUUUGAUAAAUAGUCAGCGACCUAUGUAAUACGCUUAUAAUUGUCUAAUUAAGAAAAGUUUUGGCAUUUGACAAAUGGCUGGUUAAGUACGGAGAUAUUUUCCCAAGAUCGUACGCAAUCUUGCUGAAAACGUUUUGCAAAUAAUAAUAAUAUAAAUAUUUCUCUUUUGCAAAGUAUACAGCAUAAUAUUGAAAAUUUGAUUUAGCUAUAGUAGAUACAAAUUAUAGAAAUUUGCAAAGUAUUUUACAAAGUAUUAUCAUGGAGUAUAUACGUUUUUGAUUCAAGUUUCAUAUAAUCACAAUUAGUGGUUAGAAUAUCGCAUGUUACUAUGGCAUACCACACAUUUUGUAACGCAUUUAAGAGUUUUAUACUAAUAUAUAUAUAUAUAUGUAUAAUUAUGUAAGAGUUACAUUUUAUAUAUUACAACAUGUUACAUACUAAUUGAAAAAUCGAUCCCGAAAAUAUACAGAGAAUCAACAGACUAUAAAAAAAACGAGCCGCUCGUUAUAAUAUGCGUCGUACAGCACCAACAGCGUCAAAAUCUCAAUAUCGAAAUAUUUAUUUACAAAAGAGACUGCCAGAUCUCAUUCAUAAGUAUGCAUAUAC